CAGAGGCAUCCUCCAGCAAUACCCUGAGCAGGAGAGGAGACUUGCCCUCUGCCUCGUGCGGAAGGCCUCAACAGGCUCUUCUGCCCUUCUCAGUGUCCAGCAUUCCUGUGGGGAACGUGGUCGUGCUCACCAUCAACUGACAAUAGUGUGUUUCCUGUGCCUUCACCACACAGAUGUGGCAAGAGCUCGGAUCUUAAAUAUCACACAGGAAAUAAGAGGUCCCUGGCUCUGCACCUCUUUCCUCACCAGAUGGUUUAAAAGUUGUGAGAAGUAACGAAGUGACCAGUUGAGACCUGGUCAGACCCUGAAGAGGAUGUUCCUGUUCCUGUUCUUCCUGGUGGCCGUCCUACCAGUCAACACUGAAGGAGGAGAGAUCAUAUGGGGUACAGAGUCCAAACCCCACUCCCGGCCCUACAUGGCAUCCUUAAAGGUUUAUUAUGGUAAUUCAUACCGCCAUUACUGUGGUGGUUUCCUGGUAGCAAAAGACAUCGUAAUGACAGCAGCUCACUGUAAUAGAAGCAAUAUAAAAGUAACCUUAGGUGCUCACAAUAUCAAUAAACGAGAAAACACCCAGCUCAUCUCUGUUGUAAAAGCCAAACCUCACGAGAACUAUGACAGACGUUCAUAUUUUAAUGACAUCAUGCUCCUGAAGUUGGAACGCAAAGCUCAACUCAAUGGUGUUGUGAAGACGAUUGCCCUUCCUAGGAGCCAGGACUGGGUGAAACCUGGGCAGGUGUGCACAGUGGCAGGUUGGGGAUGCUUGGCCAAUUGUACUUCGUCUAACACACUUCAAGAAGUGAAUCUAGAAGUUCAGAAAGGCCAGAAGUGCCAAGGCAUGUCCACAAACUACAAAGACUCCAUCCAGCUUUGUGUGGGAAACCCCAGCGAGGGGAAGGCUACUGGUAAGGGAGACUCAGGGGGUCCCUUUGUGUGUGAUGGAGUGGCCCAGGGCAUUGUCAGUUAUCGCUUGUGUACUGGGACACUUCCUCGAGUAUUCACCAGAAUCUCCAGCUUUAUACCGUGGAUUCAGAAAACAAUGAAACUCCUUCAACAACCCUAGAACACAAAACCUGUGUCUGGGCCAAUGUCCAGCAUCCUGGGGUAUGGCUAUCUGAGUCUUAAUAAAGAAAUCUGUCUGCAGGAAA